UGCUUGCUUUCAAGAUCACAAGCUUCUAAAAAUGGAAAUGGAAGCAGUAAURAUUCUACAAGUUCAUGUCCAAUCAAUGUUGAACAAGUGUCAGCUCCUGAAAUACCUUUGAAAAAAGGCUUUGCCAUUGCAAUAUGGGUAAUUAUUGCUAUAAUCUCCACAAUAUCCAAUAUUCUAAUUAUGCAUGUUGUCAGGGCAAACCAACACAUGCGAACAACGACUAAUUAUCUUAUUGUCAACAUGGCAGUUGGUGAUUUACUGGAAACUGUCCAAAGCACUAUAAUAGUGAUAUCGUUCAUCGAAGACGGUGUUCAGAUAAUYGUGAAUGGUGAUGGGAUAUUUGACAGGAUUAUGUGCCAUCUUCAAGGAGGAUUAUUCUUCACCUUUAUGCUUUGCUCYAUAUUCAGUCUUGUCGUUAUCACCUUCGAUCGAUUCCUGGCUGUUACACGCCCUAUAAAGUACAAAAACCRKUCUUCCUGGACAAAGUACACCAUACCAGUGAUCUGGACAGCUGCCUUGGCAAUACCAGCCAACUAUGCAGUAAAUAAAGUGGAAUUUUGUUCAGCAUCAGGCAUCUCUUAUUGCUUUCCAAAGCAAUCACCAUUUGACGCCAUUUUGAUCGUAACCCUUGGGUUCGCCCUUCCCCAUGUUGUCAUAGCAAUUCUAUAUAUGGUAAUUGCCUACAAGCUCUGGACAAGACGACUUCCUGGUGAAAAUACUCGGGAAUCGAAUGCKCAGACCUCUGUCAACCAUGUUGCAAGAAAGGUUACACGCUUGACUGUUUGUAUUCUUCUAGCUUUUGACAUCUCGUGGUCACCAGUAUUCCUAGGAUGCGUCUUUCCUCUCCUGUACCAAGGCUACAGCAAUGAUAACUCAAUGUUUUAUCUCGGAUCAAAGUUGUUGAUGAUUUCCAAUGGUACAGUCAACGCUUUGUUGUAUGCCAUUUUUAAUGAAAAUUUUAGAAACGCCUUCAAAACGGCACUGUGCAAUAACUGUUUUAUAUCAGCAAUGCGAAACGUAAAGAGCAAAGUUAAACCAAAUGCAAUGCAUAGCGGAAGAAUAAGUAUGGCGACCAAGGACCAUGCUCUAACCACAAUAGACUAGGAAAUCACGGAGAAAAUGAUAAACAGAGUCGGAAAAAAGCUCAACCAUUGGCAUGUUGUUAUCACUGUGUGGUACUGCAAAUGGAAGAUAAUUCUUUGUAGAUAUAAUGGACACCCUUCGUGUUGUUUUGGGUUUAGAACUACGCCGGUACGUUUGUUUGUUUGUUUUUUCACAACAAUUCAAACGAAAAAAGAGAUUAGAUAGGAACAUAAAGAUCURGAAUAGGACAUAAAGCGCCCCAAAAUCUGAAAUAUCCUUUAGAAAUACAAAUUUGACUGCAAAUGCAUAGAAUAGAAAGUUGUGUCUAGUUCUAGACACAACAUAGUUUGAAUACAUUGUAGCACAUCGAAAGCACAAAUCGCUGAGUUGAGUAAAGGGAAAGCACGUGGUUAGGUCAAACCGAUUUUUCCUCGUAAAUUUCAGUCGUCGGGACUUCGUAAACGAUUUCGUACAGGUUCGUAAUCCGACAUUACUUUGGAUACAGACACUCAUAUACUAUAUAAUAUAGUGACGAGAGGCGCUCCCUGAAAGCCUUCGUCACAAAAAUGUGUCGAUAUACAUAGAAAAUCAUAUUUAUAUCAAGGGCAUCUUUCAAUUCAGUCAUCCCUGAUCAAGAGACAAAACUUUCCCAAUAAUUCCAGAAGACCAAAACGAUGAAAAAAACRUCGAGUAGAUUUUUAGUGUGUUUUGUGCAAGGCCUGAUGCCUGURAAAUUUCAGAUCAAUUAGAAAUACUUGUAAAUAAACAAAAAAUAAUAAUAAUCGCGUCAUUUUUUACACUACGAGAUUGUGURACAAUUAAAGAUUUCAUUGUUUU